UUCCAGGUCCGAGAUUCGUGGGCGAUCGCCGUCUUGCUUGAACCCCUGGUGAGACUCGCAGCGGUGUGGUGUGGGCGGGCCUUGAGGCUAGCGGACGACCUGCCGCAGUCGCGAACUCCUCUUCGGCAGUAUCACAGUGAUAGUGGUGGACUCGGAUUCGGGGGGCGAUGAUCCCAGUCUGCCAGAGGCACGCCUUGUCAUCCUGUCAUUGCGUUACCGUAAUGCGAUGCCCGCGUCCACCUGCGCGGUGGAUCUUCCCGGCACAGCGGUGGGAACUCGGACGGUCCGGGCAAUUGAGUUCGGGGCCUGCCAGAAACUCUGAUGGACCUGCGGUAUGGGGAGUGGUCGGCCGGGGAUGGCAGCUGCUGGCCUCUGGUAGAUUCGUGAUGGUUCCCCGAGUGGAGUGGGAGGGCCUAUGGGAGGAGUUGCGGUGGAUUGGCUCCGCGUCGGGAUGUGGUGAAGAUGAGAUAGGGCGGAGCGGGUUGAGUAUGUAGCUGCUCCUGGGGAGUGGUGGCCUGUAGCUUGCAUGUAGCUGCUAAAGCCGGCGCUUCGGGAUUGAAUUCAUCUCGAAUUGUGCUUUGCGAUGGGC